AUGUCAUCCACCCAUCCUCACCUUCCAAAUAGCCAAGAAGAGGCUGCCUUGGAUAGUGAUCUCUCCUUGAAUCAGCUUGUCCUUGAGCGAAGCCAAACUGCCACCAAGACUGCGGAAGACAUCAAACAGGAAGAACUUCUCAGACGGGCAGCAGCAGAAAAGAACAACUAUGGCAAUGUUGGUGCUGUUGCAGCACCGGCAGUUGUUAGACGACCAUAUGCCAAUACAAGGAAGAAAGCACCAGAUACUGUUACCACUAGAGCAGUCCGAACGAACACUAGUGAGGAUGACGAUCAAAGGCAAAAAGACGAGCUUGCCCUUUUGAGAGUUGUAGCUGAUCGAUCUGCCGCUGCCAGCAGAGAAGAGGCAGAUCGAUCUGCCGCUGCCAGCAGAGAAGAGGCAGAAUUGGCAGAAAGCACUGGCAAGAGCAACAACCCUGAAGAGGUUGGAACACAAGCUUUCAAUCCUGGUGAUUUUGUUUCUGAAAAAGGGGAUUCAGUCAAUCUCAUGGCCAUUGUCGCACAAAGAAGUGUUGCUGAUGAUGCUACACCCAGCAUGGCAGCAACGGCAGAUAGUACAGCUCCUACUGAUGCUGCUGGUAAUGCUGUUGCUCUCAAUCCUGCAUCAAAUCCAGCUGCAGGCGUUGAAUAUGACCACCAAACUGGGCGUCCGAUGACCAAGCACCACCUACCACCAGGCUCUGUCACUCCUGGUGCUUAUUCAGGAGCACCAGGUGCUAACUAUCAAGCCGUGGAACCAGUGAGAUUGGAUGUGCUGGGACCAUCUGCUCUGCCAAGGCAGGAGGUGCCAGGACAAAUCGAAGAGGCAGAACUCAAUACUACUGAGACUUUAGAGGAGAAGAAAAGAAAUCCGCUGGUGAUGGGGGCAGCAAUUGCUGUACUGGUGGUAGUUAUCAUUCUGGCCAUUGCCAUUCCACUGGCUGUUGGAGGGGAAACUGGAGAAUCCCCAAAAACCAGUAUCAAUAAGGCACUACUUCCCAAUGCCCCUAAUUCCACCUGGGAGUCCAUUAUGAUGGAUCAAGAAUCACCCCAAUUCAAAGCCUACACCUGGCUGACUCUUGAUCCCAACCUUGCAACCUAUGAAAACUGGCAAAAGGAACAGAGAUUUGCUCUGGCCACCUUCUACCACGCCUUCAACGGUGCGAAAUGGCAUAUUCUUAGAACACAAAAAAAGUGGCUUGGCUAUGAAACCAAUGAAUGCGAUUGGGGUUUUCUCAAUUCGGGUUCCUUGUACAAUCAUUUGAGUUGUAACAAUAAUGGUAGGGCGACCAUGAUCUCAGUGACAAAACAAAGUAACUUUCAGGGAACAAUUCCGCUCGAGCUUUUCCUAUUGGAAACCUUGAAAAAGCUGAAUGUCCAGGGCACACAGUGGUCAGGUAUAAUUUCAUCAGAGGUUGGUUUGCUCUUAUCAUUGACUUCCUUGCACUUGGGCGGCAACAACUUGGUAGGAGUGGUCCCAUCUGAGGUGGGGCGGUUGACAGCAUUGACUUCCUUGGACUUGGGAGGCAACAAAUUGGUAGGAGAGGUCCCAUCUGAGGUGGGACGGUUAACAGCAUUGACUUCCUUGGACUUGGGAGAUAACAAAUUGGUAGGGGGGGUCCCAUCUGAGGUGGGACGGUUAACAGCAUUGACUUCCUUGAACUUGGGCUUCAUCCAAUUGGUGGGAGAGGUCCCAUCUGAGCUAGGGCGGUUAACAUCAUUGCAAUCUUUGGAUCUCCGAAAAAACCAACUUUCAGGCAUCAUUCCUUCCGAGAUUGGCUUGUUGUCCGAAUUGACUCUUUUGGACCUUGCCGACAACCAAUUUCAGGCAUCCUUUCCUACAGAACUUGGCUUGUUGGCAGCUUCUGUUGACUUGUGGGCGGAUUUGUUCUUGGAAGAAGGCACCAUUCCAACUGAGAUAGGAUUGAUGACGGGAUGGACUUCCCUUGUCUUGGAAAGCUAUCAAUUAUCAGGAGGCAGUAUACCAUCCGAGAUUGGUUUGUUGUCUUUAUUGACUUCGGUUGACUUUUAUGAGACAAACAUAUCUGGCAGCCUCCCAUCCGAACUGGGGUUGAUGACACGUGUGACCUCCUUGGUUCUCAAUGAAAACCAACUAUCUGGCAGCCUCCCAUCGGAAAUUGGUUUGCUGAUGAACUUAUUCUUCUUGAGUGUGUCUCGCAACAACCUGUCAGGCACAAUUCCAUCGGAGCUGGGAUUGCUGACAAAGCUGACACGUUUGUAUUUGUAUGACAACCAGUUCUCCGGAAGUGUCCCGACCAGUUCCUGUUCCAACUCGGGUUUAAAAAUUGUUGUUGACUGUGACCCAGAUCCGUUUCCUGUGGAGUGUACAUGUAUUAGUUAUAACUGUGACUGCACAAUCACAUAA